AUGUUUGAACGUAAGGACCUUCUUAAGGCUUCCUUUCUAUUUUUGGUGAUAUUCGUCGUCAUGGUUACGCUGUCGCAGAUUCUGGUCGUUCAUAAACGUAACCAUGGUAAUACGAAGUCACGUGACCGCCAGAAAAUGAAAGCAAUUAUCAGUCAGAUCGAGGCUAUCAUUUCUGGCAUGAUGAGACCGGAUUUUAUCCCGAUGGAUAAACACACAGAAGUCCUAAAAGCGAUUAAAUACGCCGCUAAAAUAAAACGUCAACUUGAUAAAGCUUCGUCUAUGCAACGAAAGACGAUGCGCGUCAAACUUCUAAGAAGUGAGGUACCUCCCACGAGCAAACCAGCCGUUGUGAAUACGGAUGUAUGGAAUUUAGACAGAAAAACGCGUUAUCUGCAAUUUAGUGAUAUGAAACCUUCUGAUAUUCACCAAAUAAGUCAAAGGGAUGAUGCCACGAAUUUAGAGAGUGCCGUAACUUACGGUGGAGGAUCUAAACUGACAAUGGGUUCACUUCGAACAGGCAUUAUCGACACCAAGAAUUACACAUUUUAUAAGGAGUACAGUGACAUCAUUUCCGGUGGCGCAUGGCAACCAAGCGAAUGCGUCGCAAGGCAACGGGUCGCUAUCGUCAUUCCAUUCAGGGACAGGCAAAAACAUUUGGAGCAGUUGCAAUAUAAUCUAAUCCCCAUAUUAAAGCGCCAGCAGUUAAACUUUAGGUUCUUCGUCGUUGAACAGAGCGGGAACCACACUUUCAAUAAAGGACGGAUCAUGAACGCGGCCUUCCUCGAGGCUCGAAAGUUUGACGACUUUGACUGUUUCGUUUUCCAUGACGUGGACAUGAUGCCAGAGGAUGACCGGAACAUGUACACGUGCACGGACGCUGCGCGACACAUGUCACCCGCUGUGGAUAAAUUCUUAUAUGUGCUCCCUUAUACGCAGUUAGUGGGUGGGGUACUUAGCAUGAAACCUGAUGUUUUCAUAGCAGUCAACGGAUAUUCCAACCUAUACUGGGGCUGGGGUGCAGAAGAUGACGAUAUGGCCGCUCGGUAG